CAGGCCUGCAGGGCUGGACAGAUUAGUGAGUGGAGCAUGAAUGAAAGAGAGCGGGGUGUGUGAGGAGGUCUGCCCUCCCUGGAAUUUACUCCCACAUUUUUAACUUUGGCUACAGUGAUCACACAGACAGAGUGAGUCCAGAGGGACACUGCGGAGAGACUGUGUUUGUCUAUAUGUUUUCCCAAAAAUGACAAAAGAGUCUGCAUCCAACAGACACAAAGCUUCCCAGAAUGGGGCUCUGCAGGACAAGGAGAAGAAGAAGAAAGUGGGACUGGGCAAGAAGGUGACCCUGCUCAGAGGGAUCGCCAUGAUCAUCGGCACCAUCAUCGGAGCUGGGAUCUUCAUCUCCCCAAAGGGCAUUCUCAAAUAUUCAGGCAGCACAGGAAUGUCACUGAUCGUGUGGAUCGCAUGCGGGGUGCUGUCACUCUUUGGAGCACUGUCCUACGCCGAGCUGGGGACCUGUAUCAAAAAGUCUGGUGGGCACUACACGUACAUCAUGGAAGCGUUUGGACCUCAGAUGGCUUUCAUACGACUGUGGUCUGAUCUAAUUGCCAUAAGGCCUGCAGGGAUGGCCGUCAUCACUCUGGCGUUUGGUCAGUACGUCCUGGAGCCACUGUUCAUGCCCUGUGGGAUCCCACCUAUUGCUGUUAAACUGACCGCCGCCAUCGGCAUCACCUCUGUCAUGUAUCUGAACAGUAUGAGCGUGACGUGGACCACAAGGAUUCAGAUCUUUCUCACCUUCAGCAAGCUCCUGGCCAUCGCCAUCAUCAUCGUGCCAGGGAUGUACCAACUGUUCAAAGGUGAGACCAGCAACUUUGAGAGUGCCUUUGAGCUGAAGGAUAUCCAACUCUCCGGGAUGCCUCUGGCCUUUUACUCAGGGAUGUAUGCAUAUGCUGGGUGGUUUUAUCUCAACUUUGUGACAGAGGAGGUGGAGAGGCCAGAACGGACUGUGCCUUUAGCGAUCUGUAUUUCCAUGGGGAUAGUGACUUCCUGUUAUGUGCUGACUAACGUGGCUUACUACACUGUGAUGACCGCUGAGGAGCUGUUGGCCUCUGAAGCCGUUGCUGUGACCUUUGCUGAGAAGCUGUUAGGGAACUUCUCCAUCGCCGUGCCCGUGUUUGUGGCCUUGUCCUGCUACGGCUCCAUGAACGGCUGCCUCUUUGCUCUGUCAAGGAUGUUCUAUGUGGCGUCACGGGAAGGACAGCUCCCUGAGGUUUUGUCGAUGGUCCACGUCCGCAGACACACUCCACUGGCUGCUGUCCUCAUAAUGUACCCCAUGACGAUACUCCUGCUGUUUGUCAGUGACCUCUACAGCCUGCUGAACCUCAUGAGCUUCCUGCGCUGGCUCUUCAUCGGCAUUGUUGUUCUGGGUUUGAUCUAUAUGCGGUAUACAAAACCCAACCUGCCCCGCCCCUUUAAGGUCCCACUCUUCAUCCCUGUGGUGUUCUCCCUCACAUGUUUCUUCAUGGUCUUUUUGUCCCUGUACUCAGACCCCAUUAACACGGGGAUUGGAUUUGCCAUUUCUCUUACGGGGAUACCUGCCUAUUAUGUCUUCAUUUACGUCAGUGACAGACCAAAGUGGCUUCAGAGAGCUUUAGAUUCCUUCAACAGAACCCUACAGAUCAUCAUGGAGGUCGUCCCUGCUGAGGAAUAACAGCACAGAAUCACACUACAAUAAUAAAUACACUUUUGUUGUUCUCUAAACCCAAAGACUGAUUUAGUGCAAAUAUCAAAUGUUAGAACUUUUGCUGCGUGUCAGUUACUAUGUGUGUUGUGAAAAUACAGAUUCCUGUUGUAUCAUCUUAAAGUCAUGUUAAAUCUGCAUCUGCAUGCAUCUCAUCACCAUCAUCAGUUUGUUUUGAUUCCCUGCUUAUUUGAAUACAGACACUUUAGCCUGGAUUCUUCUUCUGCAUGAAUCUACGCUGUCCAGAUUCCAUGUCUGUCAUCAGGGGAUCCAUCUUGCAAAGGAAACAUAUUUAUCUGGAACUUUUGAGUGGAAGCAUGAUAACAAAUCUAAAGUUUUCACUGUUGAUGAUGCUAAAGGAGAGCAGGUGUUAUGGUAAAACUAGUGAAUGGUUAUGUCUAAUACAUGCUUAGAAGUUAUUAAUUUAAUGAAACGAAACAAAAGGGCUCUCUAAUAUCUGUUAUUAACUCAGACACAUUUGACAUGUUGUCACCAGAUUACUUAUUUUUACUUCGAAUGAACGCGUCUCUAUGAUGUGAACUCAGAGAUGAACUGCUCCUGAAGAAGCUACUUUUGUUUAGCACAAUUGGUGAACACAUCGGGUCAAGCUGCCUCUGUAGCCUGGAAACGGAGUCAUGUUGGCAGCUGCAGAGGCUCAUUUAUGCAUUUCCUUUAUUUACAGAAAUGAUGGUCGUAUUUUCAUUCAAGUGGCUUUGGUCACAAUUGCUAAUGGAGCCCAAGGGUUCUCCACAAUAAACUGUUCAAAUGUCAUACAUGUCCUGAUGGAGCGUGGAAGUUUUUUCUGGUAAAUGUAUCAUAGACGCACACCUAAAAAAAAUAUUUAAAUGCUUUUUUUUGUCUUCUAUUCUGCUGUUUUGCUGUUCUUAGGAAUUUUUUUACAGAUAAUAAAAUAAA